UCAAUUAUUUCUUAAAAAUUUGUUAUUAUUAUUCAUAAAUGUAAUAAAUAUAAACAAAUAUUUAUAAACCUUAUAUGUAUAUUAAAAAAUUGUUUAUCUUGUGGAAAGAAACAAUAUGUCCACUAUUCUUCUGAGCAUUCAAUAUUUUCAAUUUAUUAAAUAUUAUAAUAUAAAUGUAAGAUAAUGUAAUUUCAUUUAUCGCUUUUUGACAAUGUAUUUUGUUGCAAAACUUGUUUUCGGAUUUUAUUUGUGAAUCAUGACAGAGUCGGAACUUUGCCGGCUCUGUGCCGAAACCAAAGAGAAUUUUAUUGGAAUUUAUGAAGCAGAAGGACAAAAAUUAGCCAUAGAAGCAAAAAUUGCUAAAUGUUUACAAAUUCAGGUACUAACAAAUGAUGGAUUACCACUUACAGUUUGUAUAGAUUGUUGUAUUUUAUUGAAUCAAUGUAAUGAAUUUUUUGAAAAAACUAAUCAAGCACAAGUAUCUUUAAGACAAUUACUUCUUGAUCCUAAAGUUGAACCACAACCCUUAGAAUCAAAUAUAAACUAUAUUGAUAAAACAAUUACAUUUCCAAAGGAAGAAGUUAAUGAAGGAAUUGUUGAAUGUCAUUUAUCAAAUUAUAUUCAUGACACAUCUAAUGUUUCACAUAAUUAUUUUAUCGAAGAAAAUAAAAGUGAUAAUCAAAAACAUGAAACUGAAGAACCUCAAGAUAUUAUAAAACAAAAAAAAUGUAAAAUUCAAUUAAAAAAGACUUCAGUUAAACAAACUAGAAAAAAAUUAAAACGAAAAAAUCAAAAAAUGGAAGAUUCUGAUGUAUAUAUGAAUAAUUCCAGAUAA